GCUGGACGGCAUUCCUGGAGGACGGUCAUCCAGCUUUCCUUCUUCCCUGAAGGAUGGUUUCAUCGCGCUUUUAACCUUCGCGGUUAAUAAUUGACAGUGUCGCCGUAGACGUGGACUCUGGGUUGAACAGAAGUGAUUAAACAAAAAAAAAAGUGUCUGGAAGGGGGGAGGAGGCAGAGGGAGAUAAAGUGUGAGCAGAGGUGUGUUUGGAUGUCACAGCCAGGUUUCGGGCCGCGGGCAUGUGAAAGAGGGAGGCAGAGUAACAGAUCCUGCUUGGCUCGGUUCCACGUUUCGCGCUGUGUCUUCUGUGGAGGGACGUCUGACUGCGAUGUGAUUCACUCGGCGAGGCUGACAGGGUGGCCCAGGUCCUCGGAUGGUUCAGAAAACGGGCUCCGCACGUUCGCGUUGAUUUACGGGAUGUGGCGUUCAAUGACCCGUCGCUUUUCACAGUGAAUCUCAUGGAGAGGACAGAACAACUUGAAAAUAGCACUUUAUCUGCUUGAAACUACUUGACUGGAUUGAUUGUACCUUGCAGCUUAAUCAUGUCACUUUAUAUAAAAGGUCUGAGUGAAAGACAGCCCCACAAAGGCAUGGCUCAGUUUCAGGAAAUAAUGCGGCAGCAGCUGGAGAGCUCCAUGGACGCCGAGCUGGAGAAGCUGGUGGACACGGUGACAGGGGCCGACAGAGAUGUCUGCAAGAAGGACUUUGAGGGCUUCAAGAACCUCUUCCACAGGUUCCUGCAGGUGAAGGGGCCGUCUGUGGAAUGGAUCAAGAUAAAAAGGCCUCCAGAAGACUCGAUCCAGCCGUACGAUAAGAUCGCGGCUCGGGGGCUGCCGGACAGCGUGGCCGACAGCCUGAACAAGCUGGUGGUGGUGAAGCUGAACGGAGGCCUGGGCACCAGCAUGGGAUGUAAGGGCCCCAAGAGCCUGAUCAGCGUCCGCAACGAGAACACCUUCCUGGACCUCACCGUGCAGCAAAUAGAGCACCUGAACAAGACGUACAACACUGACGUUCCACUGGUCCUCAUGAACUCCUUCAACACAGAUGAGGACACUAAGAAAAUCCUGCAGAAGUACACGCACCACCGGGUCAAGAUCCACACCUUCAAUCAGAGCAGGUAUCCACGCAUACACAAAGAGUCUCUCCUUCCCGUGGCCGCCAGCCUGAGCAUGACGGGCCAAAACGCCGACGGCUGGUAUCCCCCCGGCCACGGCGACAUCUACGCCAGCUUCUACAACUCUGGCCUGCUGGACCAGCUGAUCGCGCAGGGAAAGGAGUACAUCUUUGUGUCCAACAUCGACAACCUGGGAGCCACCGUGGACCUGCACAUCCUGCACCACCUGGUCAGCCAGCCCAGCGGCAAGCGCUGCGAGUUCGUCAUGGAGGUCACGGACAAGACGCGCGCUGACGUCAAGGGAGGCACCUUGAUUCAGUACGAAGGAAAGCUUCGUCUCCUUGAGAUCGCCCAGGUGCCCAAAGCUCACGUGGACGAAUUCAAGUCGGUCUCAAAGUUCAAGAUCUUCAACACAAACAAUCUUUGGAUCUCUUUGCCUGCUAUCAAGAGGCUGCAGGAGCAGAAUGCCAUGGACCUGGAGAUCAUCGUCAACCCGAAGACGCUCGAUGGAGGGCUCAACGUCGUCCAGCUGGAGACGGCGGUUGGCGCGGCGAUCAAAUGCUUCGACAACGCCCUGGGAAUAAAUGUCCCCCGCAGCCGUUUCCUUCCCGUGAAGACCACGUCGGACCUGCUGCUGGUCAUGUCCAACCUGUACAGACUGGAGGCCGGCUCCCUCACCAUGUGCCCCAAGAGAGAGUUCCCAACGACGCCUCACGUCAAACUGGGCAGCUCCUUCACCAAGGUUCAGGAGUACCUGAUGCGCUUUGAGAGCAUCCCUGACAUGCUGGAGCUGGACCACCUGACUGUCUCUGGAGACGUCACGUUUGGCAAAAACGUCUCGGUGAAGGGCACCGUCAUCAUCAUCGCCAACCACGGAGAUCGGAUCGAUAUUCCGGCCGGCUCCAUGCUGGAAAACAAAAUAGUGUCUGGCAACCUGCGCAUCCUGGACCACUGAGGCCUUUCCUCACCCGCCUCCACCUCCCCUCCACUGUGCAGCCCUCAUCAUGUGCCCCUUUGUCCUGUUCAGCCACCAAAAAACAGCUGCAGAGGACACGACUUCUCCCCCUGAAAGUUGAAACUAGGAUAUACUGCCCUCUUCUGGCUGCUUAGUAUAUAACCAUUAGAAAGUGUUCAUCAGAGUUAAUCAUAAUUAUGACCUUAAUGAAGCCUUGAUUUAUAGAUAGAAAAAAACACUUAACCGAAAUAACCUAAAAAAAAAAAGGAAUACCUUUUUUAAACUGUUGCUGUUCUUGACAUAAAAUCUGCAUUAGUAGAUUCAAUGAUGGCACUAAGAAUAUAUUUAGGACUCCAAAUAUUAAUGGAUAUUGUCUCUUAGCAGUAGUGAUGCAAUCUCAUGGUGUACUAAUGUGAAAGUCAAGUCAGCUCGAUUAGGGCGGUGCUUUAGGCAUUAAUUAAAAGUAGAGACAUAGUUACAUUUUGGCUCUGCAACUGAUACAUGUAUGUCACCCUGGCAGACAGACACACAAGACUGAAAGUACUUGAAACCUGUUCUACAGAAUUUAACAGGGCGCACUUAAACGCAGCAUGCCACAGCGAGGUGUAGUUCAAGUUCGUUCACAGCUCAGUGCCUACAUGUUUUACCUGGGAUGCCACUGAUAAAAUAUAAAACACUGACAGCAUUCCUAAAGUUCAUCUUACAGCCAGAGAAAACAAACAAAAAAAGUGUGAAAAUAAAAAUUGGAUUAAAAAAAAAGUGGGUAAUUGGCUCAGAUGUACCAGGAAUGUUCUUUGUGACAUUUACGGUACACCUAAGACUUCCUGUGAGAGAAAAGAAGCUUAAUGUGUAGGGCUGGGUUAGAGAGCAAGUUGUGAUUUACUUUUUUCUGUCUACAUUUACCUUCACACACACACAUUUAAAUACAUAGGUGCUCGUUGGACUUCAUUAAAAUAUGAAAUUAAUAAUCGAAGCGGCAUUUGGCCCAACAAAGGUACAGUUUUCAGAUUGUGGAGCCAUUAAAUAAACCUGAGGGGACAAAUUAGAUGCCUCGGGUUGGUAGCUUGAUUUAUUUUAAAAACCAUAAAAACUGUGAGAGAUCCCUGUGUACUUCCAUUGCAAAUAUUCAGUGUCCCAUAGAACCAUGCUCAAAUGAAGUGUGUGCUACAGAGCAGAAGGUGUUGCUUGAACAAGCUGAAGUCCUGUUUUCAUGUUCUUGCACAAGGAGGACCUGACAGCAUCCAUAUUCAGGCAUGUUGUAACUUUAUACGUUUGCAGAAAAGCCUUUAUUUCCCCCCAUGAGAUUAUAAAAAGUCAGCUUUGAGCAUUAUAUGUGUUAGAUUGCAGCAUGUUGUGUGGUCUGAAGCUUCUUUGUCCACCCAACUCACCCAAAUGCUUGUUUGUUUCCGCUGUGGGACAGGAUGUGCAGUAUUUCCUGUUGUGUUGGUUUACAACAGGUUUUUAUUCAUUUCCAAAUCAUGUACACAAACUCGUUACGUGGGGAAUACUUGAGACGGUUUUGGCUGGUGCGCACAAGAUCCUUGGAAGCAAUAAAUGUUGAUCUGUGACAGCAACAAGGUCCCAGCCCAGUUCUGCCUCCUCAGAGCUGAAUAAAGUGCAAUAUGAAGUACCGAA